AGCUCAGAAUAAAGCUUUCCCCGCAAUAUGAAGAUGUAAGAAUAUCAUGAGUGGAAAAGCUCAGAAAGAUUUUGAAGAGCUUGAGCUCUAUCUCCAGCAAGCUCAGGAUGAAUUGCUAAGCUCAUUGACGGUGGAUGAACGCCCUGAUCGUAAAAGUUUGAGUACACAUGAAGGAUAUAUUGCAGAUUUUGAAAGACAAAAUGAAGGUGACCAAGACACUUUAAGUGAUAUUCUAGAUUCAUACGAUAAUGUGGAAUUCUUUAAAGAAAAUAAAAAGAAAUUGUGUGAUGUGCAAAAAUUAGAUAUUAAACAUGAUCAAGUAGAUGACAAGAAUAAUAAUACCAUAAAUGGGAUUGAUAGAGGUGAAAAGCAGAAAAGAUUGUCUAGUACAAAAUUAAAUGAAGCUAAAGAAAUUAAAAAGGAAAAAGAUAUAAAAAAAAGUAAGGAUUCUGGACAAGAUAGAGUUCCUAGGAAAGGUAAGAUUAAUUCGCUUUCCAAAAGGACAUCAAAGAAAGUGGAAAGUGAUAGUUCAAGAGAUUAUAAUAAGCAACAAGUGGCAGAUCCUAAGAGUAAACUCAGAGUGCCAUUGACCUGUAAAGAUGUUAAAAACAGAUCUCAAGGUUCACAGGUUGUUCUGAAAACAGGCAACAGGAAUCAUACGGAUGAUUUAAGUGAUUGUAGUAAAUCACCUAAUGUUUCAUGUUCCAGAUCAUCAAUUAGCAAAAAUUCAAGAGCCAGACCAGCUGACAGAAAAUCCAAGUUAAAACCUUGCCAGGAAGCUUCAUCUCAUUUACAGUUACCAGGAAACGAUCAUAUAUCUGGGUCACUGAUUAAGGUCACCCAUGAAAAUUCUUCCUCAUUCAAUGAGGCUGAUAUGCAAAUUGAUGGCAAACAGCCUUCUUAUCUAACAGGUGAUAACAGUCAAUUGGAUAAUGGGGAAAGUGAUAAAGAAAUUGAGGGUGGUACAUUAAUGAGUUUGCAUUCAAGAGAUGUGGCAACAUUGGAAAAUGAUGGAUGUUUGAAUGAUCAGGUGGUUUCAUUCAGUGGUAGUAUUUCAAAAAAUUGUAAAAGUGCUGGAAUUAUAAAAGAGAAAAAUAAAGUGAAAAGUAGAAGUAGGAAUUUCGAGAGUGAUAAAUUAUUUGAUAAAGAAAGUGAUAAUACUGUGGAUCUUGAAAGUAAAACAACAUCAAAAAGUGAUGAUUUAAACAUAAGUGUCAGUUCACUUGAUGAUAAAAAACCAAUUAAGGAUGAUUUAGAGGAAUUUCUGGAAGAAAUCAAUGAAUCUAUAGAUGAGUUAAUUAGUGAACGUAAAAGUGAAAUGUCUGAGAGCUCUGUUUCUGUAAAUAGUAAAAGUGGGGUUUCUGACAGUGGAGUAUCAAGAUGUGAUAUCACAGACAGUGCUGUAUAUGGUACAAGUAGAAGUAUCAUGUCAGAUAGCGGUCUUUCGUUAAUAUCUAGAAGUGACAUUUCCGAAAGUUGUAUUUCGUACACUAGUACUGAUAGUGGAUAUAGUACUAGCAACAUUGGUCAGGGCGGUCCUGAUCAAAGAAAUGAAGAUGCUGAGAAAGAUGGAGGUAAAAAGGUGGAAUCUGAUUGUUUGAAAGGCAAUACUGAUGUAGUACAAAAUGAAGAAUCAGUGAAAGAUAUAACAAUAGAUGAGGGACAUGAAAAUUUGGACAAAAUGAAUAAUCUAGAGGAAAAUGAAAAUAUUGGAGAAGUUUUGGAACAAAGUAAAGGUGGGAAAGGUAGUGAGGAAGUUGUUGAAACGGAUGAAGGGUUUUAUUGGGUAACCUGUUCCAUUGAAGAGGGAGAGGGACACAUUAACAAUGUGUCUUCUAUAAAAGCCUUUGAUCAAGGUAAUAAUCAUCAUGCCUCAGAUGAGGUCGAAGAUGGUAAAACUGGUAAUGUUCAUGGUAAAGGUAAUCUAGAAAAUAAAGUAAAACAUCAGAAAAUGAAAGUUACAAGUAAUGCCAAAGAGAAUAUAGAUAGUAGCUCUGAUAAGAUCAGUGCAAAUUUUGACAAUAAGAAAGAUAUAAAAAAUCUAUUGCAACUGCCACUGGGAUGUAAAGAUCUUAAAUUAAGUUCAUUGUCAAGUGGUUUAAAUCCUCAUAGAAAAGAUCAGGAUGUAAAAGAACAGGACAAUCUUGAUAACGAGGAUUUAAUUAGAAAUUCUACAUUUAAAAGGAAGUACUCUUGUCCGCCAACUAUGUUCAGAAUUUUCAAAGUAGUGAGUGUAGAUAUCCCUAAAAUUGACACAGGCAGUAGAAGUGGGUCGAAUGAAAGUAUAAAAAGAUCAUCUUUGAAAGUUAGUAAAAAAGGGCACUUAAAUCACAUUGAAUCAGAAAGUGAUGGAAUUGAACCAAAGCGUCAUUCAUUAGAGGGGUUAUUAUCAAAAAAGAAGGAAGAGCACAAAAAUAAAAAGCAUUUGAAAGAAAAGUUGGAUAAGAAUGGAUUUAAGAUGAAUAUUGAGCCACCAGUGAUGUUCAGAGAUAAGAAAACUGAAGAUAUAAACAAUGGACCAAUCUUAAAGCCCCCACCUGACUUUGAUACAACUGGACCAGUAACUAUAAUGGAUACCCAGAAUUUACCGCCACCAGUCUGGGACCCUGGUGUGAGCUCCACUACUUCCUGUCUACAUUCAAGGGAUGUAACUCUAGAGCUCCCAUUGACACCCCCACCACCUUCAGCUGGCAUGACAGAGAAACUGAUCAGCUCUACUCUACAUCAAUACAAACAACGAAAAUUAAGUGCAGACGCAAGUAAUGGCUCCAUGCUUUUGAAGCCCCCUGAGAGUGUUAGGCGGAAAAGUGCUGACAGCGGAAUUAAUAGUAAAUAUGUUGAUCUGGAUUUAUAUAAAAAAUCAAGCUCUGAAAAUUUAGAUUUGAUACAAGAGGAUAAAAUAAGUAAAAAAGAUACGGUUGAAUUAAAAACAGAAAUGUGCAGACAGAAUUGUUCACCAUUUAAAGAACUUGAAACUCAAGACAAUGUCAAAAGCUUGAAUUGUAGUGAAUAUCAAGAAAUUUUACCAAGAAAUGAGACAGAGAAUGAUGUUCCGGAUGUAGAAUUAGCUAAAAUGUUGGAUUUAAUAGAAUCUUAUCAGACCAGUGGUGAAAAUAAUAUUGAAAAAAGGAGUAAAAGUUCUGUUUCACAGAACAAGGAAAAUUUGUGCCAUAAACAAAAGGUAAUGAAAACUGAAAAAGCAAGUAAAUCUGAGUCACUGGACAGACGGAAAAGUGAAAAUGAUAAAGACAAAUCUUUACAUGAUGACAAAGAUGAUUCUAGUGCAAUAUAUGCAACAGUUGACAAGUUUAGGCCCAGAAAGCCUACUCCUGAAAAAAUAGUUCCUGAAAGAAGUUCUCAAACCCCUCCACCUAUCCCUCCAAAACCUAAGUUCUUAUCUGAAGCAUUUAAUGGUAAAAAAUCAGAAACUGAUAUAGACAGUGCUAAUUCCACUGAUUUACAAGUAAUGUUCAAUUCGCUUAGUCCUGUUCUACUGCGUAGGAAUAAUUCAAGUAGAUCCCACAGAAAACAUGGCAGUUCCGCUGAAAGUAGUCCAGAGAGUACCCCAGAUGUUUCUCCAAGAGGAGUUGAAAAUCCUAAGAAUGAUUUUCAUAAACAUCAAGGAGGUCACACUGGUUCUAACGGUCCUGCUUCAUCUCUAUUCAUGGACCCAGAAAUGGCAAAAACCUGGCAUGGAGCAACAAGUACGGAUUGGUCACAGUAUUAUGGCCCGCAAAUGAGAGCUAUGAUGAAAGAAUUAAAUAAAUUAAACAAUGUUGAAAUGACAUCGAGCAAAAACAGUGUUAAUAAGUCGGCUGAGUCACUAGAUGAAAGCAAGUGUAAAACGUUACCAUCUAAGUCACUUCUAGAUGAAAUGCAUAAAAAGUUCUGUGCUGAUCAAUAUAUUAAUGAAAAAGACAUAGAAAUGACUAGGGCCUUGGUUUUAUUUCGUUUAAAAUCCCAACAACCACCAGCUAAAGCUAGACGUAGUCAGAGCUUUAAUAUUCGUAUGGGUAUGGGUGCUUCUUACAAUAGGCUCGGCUUAAAUGGUUCAAGUUCUUCUGCAAGUACUGACUCUUCACCCAGGUUUCCAAGGUCGUCUGAACGUUUAAGAAUCAAGACCAGACCCGAUGUACAGUAUUCUCCAAAACCUUCGAGAGCAAGGGGAGUAACUCCUGAACCACUGAAGAUUGAGGAUCUCAACACCCAGGCACAGAACACACAGAAAGAAGAAGCAGAAAUUGAAGCAAUAGAGGCCUGUAGAUGGCUUCGUGAGACUGGAUUCCCGCAGUAUGCUCAACUUUAUGAGGAUGGACAGUUUCCAUUGGACAUAGAUUCUGUAGAAAGGGACCAUGAUUUCCUUGAUAAAGAGGAUAUUCAGUCGUUAUUCAGGCGGCUCAACACUUUGAACAAAUGUGCAAUAAUGAAAAUAGGUACCCCUACCAAAAAAGAGGCUGAAGAAUCUGAUGAAGAAGAUCUAUGUGCCCUUAGUGACAAGUGGAAAUAUCAGCGAAGCAGUCGACGUUGGUCACGUAAAGACUUAGAUUGUCCUGUUAUUGAAAACCGAAACGGUCAACCGGUUCUGAAAUCUGCGUCCAGUCAUGAUAGUUUGUUAGCCGACCAAAAUAGCAGUAGUGAAACUGGAGAUAGUCCUGUGCUAGACAGUAAAAUGCUUCAUACAAGUGAAGACAUGGUGUUCAAAACGUCUACGCCUGCAUAUGAUGCAAAUGGAAACACAACUGGAGUUAGUCCCAGGGUAAUUCGAAGAGCUGCUAGUGAAAGAAUGAAGGGAGCUAAAAGCUUCCUGAAAAGAAUGGAGAGUUUAAAAGGGAAAAGGUCAAGAAAGAAUAAAACUAUUACAGAAAUAAGUGGACCUGUGAUCACGGACAAUGCUGAUAUGCAGGCAAAAAUUAAGCAUUUAAAUUGUAGGGAUAUAAACUUGCCUGUAGAUGCAAAUUCAAAUAUUUCUGAAACGUCAGAAGUGUUUAUGAAUGGCGAUACUAAAGGAAAUGUAGCUAUUUCAUCGCCUGAACUUAUAACCUCCCCUAGAAACGAGGCUCUUACAGUGGUAACACCUCCUAGGAAGUCGGACAGUUCCGGUUCUUUAAAUUCUAGUGCAUUAAACACUGCAAAUUCUAGUGCUUUGAACACAACCAAUUCUAGUGCUUUGAAUUCUACUUCUGGAAAUUCAAGUUCAGACAAAAGUUCAGACUUGUUGCAUGUUUCUGAAAAUGGUGCUUUAAGUUUAGACUUGUCAGUUAGAAGUAGAAACAGUCACUGUAGUGAUUCUAACUCAUCACAAGAAACACUUUUCAUUCCAGGCGAAUAUCGCCCAGGGAAGUUUCCAACUCUUUUAGAUGACUCCCUCUUCAAUAGAGACAGCAAUCCUAGAACUAGAAGUUAUAGUUACGCUGACGAUGUUAGUGCACAGGAAAACUCUGUGCGUAAUCGACGAGGGUCACAUGACCCAAGAAAACAAAUGAAUAGAAUUAGUAUUUACGAUAACGUUCCUAUUGAAGAGGAUUUAGCAACUGCGCAAGAAGAGUUAGAUAUAAUUCUUUCGGAACUUUUCCAAAAUAUAAAUGGACUUAACAAAGCAAUAAAUGGAGAAAAUGCAGAAAUUCUGGAGCCUCCGGUCUCUGACAGUUAUUUGGACGACUCCAGUGUUAGCAUUGACUCACAAAACCCUGAAAAUGAGGGAAAUUUGGACAGCCCCGGUGAUAUAACUCCGCAGGACGAAAACGAAGUAAUCAGCGGAACUUUAUCAUCACCUGAUAUUAGUGAUCACGAAAUACAAACCGAGGAUAUGUCACAUGACGACUCUGCGGAACAUAUUGUGGUACGAGAACGCCGAGAUUCUGGUGUCGGCUCAUCUCUCACAAGAACUAAUAGUGAAAGAAGGAAAUACAGAAUCCGAUGGCACAGUUUCCAGAAAUCACACCGGCCGACAUCAGAGAGCCGUAACUUACAACUGUGUAAUCUUUCUGCUGGUCAGAUCCUGAUGCUUAGAAAAUUAUCACUUUUAAAACUGACUGCUUUAAUAGAGAAAUAUGCUCCCAAUCGUUCAGGGUGGUCGCUAACAGUUCCGAGAUUCAUGAAACGGAACAAAGUGCCGGAUUAUAAAGACAGAAAUGUUUUUGCAGUCCCGUUCUCUGUAAUGAUUCAGCGAACUGGUCAGGCUUUACCACAGUGUAUUCUACACGCAAUGAGAUUCUUACGACGAACUGCAGGAGAUGCUCUCGGAAUAUUUCGGAAAUCUGGUGUUCGAUCAAGAAUCCAGAAAUUACGGAAUGACAUUGAGGCAAAUCCAGAAGCGGUAGAUUUUGAGGACUUGCAAGCUUAUGACGUAGCAGAUUUAGUGAAGCAAUACUUUCGUGAGCUUCCAGAAUGUCUGCUUACAAACAAACUCUCAGACAUCUUCAUUUCAAUCUUCAUAUAUGUACCAACAGAGAUGAGGGUAGAGGCCCUACAGGCUGCUGUAGUUUUGAUGGCAGAUGAGAACAGAGAUGUUCUACAGUCCCUACUGCUCUUCCUUAGUGAUAUAGCUAAACUUGCCAACAAACACCAGAUGAAUGCUAGUAAUUUGGCUGUGUGUUUUGCUCCCUCACUCUUCAACAUGGGAGGUGCAAGAAGUAUUAAUCAGACACCAAGUCCGAGAAGAAACCGUAAAAAUCCUGGUAUUCCCGAUGCACGUGAAUUAAUGGAGCAGAAAGCAGCGCAUGAGUGUCUUACAGUCAUGGUUAACGAGUGCAAAAAACUGUUCACAAUACCAGCGGUAACUCUAAGUAAGUGCCGUGUAUUGUACGAGGAUCCCGUCACUCUUGAGGAACUUAACAAACAGUCCGAGGAUGGUAGUCAAGGUUACAGUGCUCAUAUUGAGUCUUGUAUUCAAGGUCUCCUCAAGGAAUCUAGAGAGAAAUUCCGUGGCUGGGUAUCAGUUUCUGCACAAAGUGAUGUGGAUGUUUCCUACAAGAAAGUGGGUGAUGGUCACCCACUGAGGCUCUGGAAGUGUACAGUUGAUGUUGAAGCCCCGCCCAAUGAGGUUCUGAAUAGGGUCUUAAACGAAAGACAAAAGUGGGAUGAAGAUUUAUUGCAAUGGAACACGGUUGAAAAGUUGGAUCAACAAACGGAGGUGUUUCAGUUUGUACGUAACAGUAUGGCACCACACCCAACCAGAGAUUAUUGUGUUCUUAGGUCAUGGAGAACUGACCUACCAAAGGGAGCAUGUGUGUUGAUUUCCACAUCAAUAGAUCACAAAGACGCAGACCUUCUUGGAGGUAUAAGAGCGGUAGAGUUGGCCUCUAGAUAUCUCAUUGAGCCAUGUGGAACAGGGAAAUCUAGACUGACGCACAUUAGCAGAGUUGAUUUAAGGGGGCAUAGUCCUGAAUGGUAUAAGAAAGUUUACGGACAUAUUUGCGCAAAUUUCAUGGAUCACAUACGGGCAUCUUUUCAUUGCAAUUCCGAGGGUCCAGAAACUAAAGUCUGACCAUGUUAUUGAUGACAUUACACAGAACAGGGGACCAAUGAAAUUAAGUUUUACAACUGAAGGAAAUAAACACUAUUUAUUUUUCAGCCAAUGAAAGAUCUGAAGAUGAAUCAUGUGACUUGUUACAUCACAUGGCUAAUAUAUUGACCAAUGGUAAUGCUAGAGUCUGCCAGAGACAUAAGGGACCAAUCACAAGCAAUAAUUGGAGGCAUUUAUUUAAAAAGGAUAUUAUUGUUAAUUUCUGUAAAUAGAAAUUCAGUCAAGAAAUCCAGUUUAAACAUGAUAUUGUUUUAUUGUCGUAUACAGAAACAUUUGUUGUACAGUAAAUAUUUGUCCUAAGGAUACUCAAUCUAGUGCUAUUCAAAUUCUCAUACUGAGGAUAUAAGUUUUCUUGCAAUUAGCUUAGUAUCAUGUUGUUAUGAUUGACAAAUACAUCUACAAUGUAUAUUUUAUGUAAACACUUUCAAUAAGUUAAAAGACGUACAAUUACUUUCCUCAACAAUAUCAUAACAGAUAAGUGCAUCUUCCUGAUAAAAAAUUUCAGAUGUGUUUUUUAUGUAAAAAAUUAAGACAACAUAUUCUUCUAGUUUCGACUUUUAUACAUUUUCAUCAAAAAUGAAAAUCAACAACAUACAAAAAUGAAGUAAUAUCCAUUUACAUCAAUAUCUACAAUAUGACAUUUAGCGUACAUAAAUAUAUAAAAAUAUAUGUUUUAAUAAACACUUCAGCUGAUAAAAGUUAAAAUGCAGAUUCUGUACAGUAGCUGUUUAGAUUUGCAUUUAAAUUUCUGUAUUUAACUAUCACUUUUUUCUUCAAAAGAUAGAAACCUGUCGGGGAAACUUUAUAAGUGUCAAAUAAAAGCAUGUUCAUGUUGUUUAAUAUAUGUUCUGCAUUUUUGGGGGCAGUAUUAUGUGAUAAGGUUAUUACAGGAGCAGGAUAUAAUAUUGAUUAAUAUAUCAAUGUAUAAAGACUUAAAGAGCUUCAAUAGACAUGGUGUUGUUUGUUGUUGUUGUUGUAGUUGUUGUUGUAUGUACUGAAACAUUCCUUAGUCACUACAACCAUUAUACAUGUAUUGUCAUACAUCUCUGAAAAGAUAUAGAAGGUGAUAAGUUUGAAGUUGUAGAUAAUAUUUGCAAUUCGAUAUAAUUCAGUACAUAACACCACAUUCAUGGCAAAUUGUGAAAUUAUAUCUAUUUCAUUAAUAAGGGAAGUAACCCUUACUUUAUGCAUAUUUGCUAAAG